AUGGCUCUGUCCAAGGCCACUGUUUUUUCUCAGAAAUAUACUUUGAAUCCUGAGUUUAACGAUAAGAAAUCAAAUAAGGAACUUUUAGGAGAACAUGAUUCUCUUUCUUUGACCAAGUGUGCCGCGAUGUGUCAGGGCGUCCGCGAGUGCUGCUUCUAUGGAUUUAAUCCCCAGAAGAAAAAAUGUCGUACUCACAAGAAGAUUUUCACGUCAGGAGUAUUUAAUGAGGUCGACUGGAGAUACUACGCAGAUGAAUGUUGCCUUUCUGGUUGGAGACGUUACCAGGACCAUUGUUAUCUCUUUCAGCAGACCUUUUUAAACUGGAACGAGGCAAAGACCAAUUGUACUAACAACGGAGCAUAUCUGGUUGAAAUAGACUCCAAAGAGGAAGAUGAUUGGCUUGUUGAACAAAUAUCGAUGCGCAAUGGUGGUAAGAAUGAAAAUCAGUACCUAGGAGCAACUUCUCACGCACAACUUGGUGUGUGGAGAUGGAGUACGGACAAUGCUCUUAUUUCCUAUAGCAAUUUCUGGCCAGGUCAACCAAACCUCUACGCCGCCGAGAGAUGUAUAGUUCUAGACUGGGAUGCCACAUAUGGGACUUACAAAUGGGGAGACACAAGAUGUGAGAUGACAAGAAAGUUCAUAUGUGAAAAAGAUUUGUGAACUGUAAUA